AACAUUGAUUAUUUUCUAUGCGGCUUAUUAGAUCUUUAAAAGUAAACAAAUAAUAAGAGUCAAAUAUUAUUAAAAUGCAAUUUUUAAAUGAAUUUGGCUUAACCACUGAAGAGCUUCAAAUAAUAUCGGACCUCGACAGUACUCAGUUUGGGUUUAUUGACUGGAAUGAUGCUAAGAAUUUUACACUGCGUGAUUUGAUACGACGUUCAAUAAAAAUAUUUCAAAACAUUGGCACUUUAAUAGAAGGCAAUAGUGAAAAUAAUGUAAAAUUGGGUCCCAAUUCAAUAAUAAAGCAUUAUUCGAAAUAUAAUGAAGCAGAUUCUAUGAAAAAUAUUCGAGUUUUAAAUAUUAACUUAAAAGCACAUCCAUUCCUUAAUAAUGAAGAGAAGUAUCCCUUAUCAAUUGCUUUCGAUCUAAAUACGUUUUGCAAACUUGGACACUUACAUUUAAUUUUAGAAGAGUUUGAUAAAGCUCUUUCAGCUUAUCAGCAAUAUUUAAAAAUCAAACCAAUGCAUGUCCAUAAUUUGGAGUUUUUAUAUGGUAUAGGACUUGUUUAUUUCCAUUUUAAUGCUUUUCGUUGGUCUAUUCAAACGUUUAGAGAACUUUUGUAUAUUAAUUCUAACUACCAAUGUGCAAAUGAUGUUCAUCUCCGUUUGGGAUUUAUGCACAAAGUAUUGGGAGAUUAUAAAUCAGCAUCUAAGCAUUACCAUUUAGCUCUAAUUGACAUUGCACCAUGUACAUUUUCGAAAUUACAAAUUCGCUUUCAUAUUGCACAUCUAUAUGAAGUUCAACGCAAAUAUAAAUUUGCCAAAGAGGCGUAUGAACACUUACUUAAUGAGAAAGAGCUGACGUUGGAUUUAAAAGCAGUUAUUUAUAGGCAACUUGGAUGGAUGUAUCAUUGCUCUGAGUAUUUUGGCGAUAAAAGACAACGAGAAUCUUAUGCAAUUUUAUGCUUACAAAAAGCUAUUGAAGCAAAUCCAAAAUCUGGGCAGUCAUUAUACUUGUUAGGAAGAUGCUACGCAGGAAUAAAUAAAGUUCACGAUGCCUUUAUAGCUUACAGAAAUUCAGUCGAAAAAAGUGAAGGAAAUGCUGAUACAUGGUGUUCUAUAGGUGUUUUAUAUCAGCAACAAAAUCAACCAACUGAUGCAUUACAGGCGUAUAUAUGUGCAGUUCAACUUGAUAAGAACCAUAAGGCCGCUUGGACAAAUUUGGGUAUAUUAUAUGAAAGUUGUGGACAACCAAAAGAUGCCUUUGCGUGUUAUUUAAAUGCCGUGAAAAGCUCUCAAAAGGAUUUAGAAAAGACUCUUUAUGUUUCUGAAAGUUAUAAUACUUCAGACCAACUAUGUAUUAAUAAAGGAUUGGAACAACGUAUAAAAUUCUUGGAGUCACAAUUAGUUCAGGCACCUAUGCCAAGUAUUACUUCAAAAAGAAGACAACUCUGUUCAAUUGAAGAAGCUUGGAAUUUACCUAUUUCAUUAGAAAUGAGUUCCCGCCAACAACAGCAACAACUUCAGCAGUCAUCUAAUUCUUCUAAAAGACACAUAGGAAAAAUUUCGGUACAAGGUCCACCACCACCAUACCCAAAUACUCUUCAAGUAAAACGUAUUAAGGAUGGUAAUUCAACCGAAAAUCAAGCGGGAAAUCCACCUACACAACCAUCAUUUUUUCUAACACAACAGCAAUUACAAAUGCUUCAAUAUUUACAACAGAAGCAAAAUAACUUAAAUUCGCAAGAAGAAAUGUUACUUCAACAACUUAACAGUCAAUAUAAGUUAAUGGAACAGUACCAACAUGGUGUAAUUCAUCAAAACGAAAUUGAUAGCCUGAAUAUAACCAAAAAUGAGAAUAAAGCCGUUCCAUUUGAGGAUGAACGAGUAAAUCUUCCUCCGCCUUCUUAUUCAGACACCACUAUAGAUCCAUGCUUUUCAAAAACUAUGGAUACAAAUAUAAAAUAUACAUUUUCAGAAAGUAAUGUUUUAGGUGUCAGCGAUCAAGAACUUCAAGAUAUAUUAUCUGAGAAAGAUAUAUCAUCGACCUUUACAGACGAUAUUUUAAAAUCUCUGAGUAAUGAAAGUGUUAUUAGCAGAGAUGAUGAUACUAUGAUUAAUAUAAAUACUACUUUAACAAAUACUGUAAAUAAACUGAGUGGUGGUAAAGAAACUGUCUUAAUUAAAGAUGAAAGUUAUGUUUCAGAUGUAAUGACAAAUGAAGUUAAUAUCGACGAUGAAUGGUUUGAAGAUUCUGAAUUUUAUAUUCAAAUGGAUUCAAGUCAAAUACUGACAUCUGUAAAAAACUUAACACUAGAUGAUCCACCGCCAAAAUGUUCAAUUCUAAAUAUAUCUUCUCCUGUUCCUUGCCCACCAGAUUGUCCACCACAACGUCUUACACGAGAGCAAUUAUUACCUCCAACGCCCUCUGUACACCUUGAGAAUAAAAAACAUGCAUUCAGUCCACAACUGCAAGAAUUUUGUUUAAAACAUCCAAUUGCUGUUGUUCGUGGUCUUGCUGGUGCUUUAAAGUUAGACUUAGGUCUUUUUUCAACUAAGACCUUAGUAGAAGCUAAUCCAGAUCACAGUGUUGAAGUUCGAACUCAAGUGCAUCAACCUCCGGAUGAAAAUUGGGACUCAACGCAAGCUAAACGUGUUUGGGCAUGUAUAUCUCAUAGAUCACAUACAACUAUUGCAAAAUAUGCCCAGUAUCAAGCCUCAAGUUUUCAGGACAGUUUGAAGGAUGAGCGUGAAAAAGCUGGUUCACAUGGAGUGCAGCAGAUGUCUGAUUCGGAUUCAAAAGACUCAUUGAGCAACGCUUCUAUAAGUGGAAAGAAGAAAAAAGCGAAAAGUAGCAAUAAAAUGUUGAGAUUCGGUACUAAUGUGGACCUAUCAGAUGAUCGGAAAUGGCGCCCUCAACUAGCAGAACUUCAAAAACUUCCAGCUUUUGCUCGAGUAAUAUCGGCAGCAAAUAUGCUGUCUCAUGUUGGUCAUGUAAUAUUAGGAAUGAACACAGUUCAGCUAUACAUGAAAGUUCCUGGAAGUAGAACUCCCGGUCAUCAAGAAAAUAAUAAUUUUUGUUCAAUAAACAUAAAUAUUGGUCCCGGCGAUUGCGAGUGGUUUGCUGUACCAGAUGCAUAUUGGGGUGGAAUCCAUAACUUAUGUGAAAAAAAUAACAUUAGUUAUUUACAUGGAUCUUGGUGGCCCGUAUUGGAUGACUUAUAUAAGGAGAAUAUCCCGGUGUACCGAUUUAUUCAACGGCCGGGUGAUUUAGUUUGGGUGAAUGCAGGAUGUGUCCACUGGGUUCAAUCAGUUGGCUGGUGUAACAACAUUGCCUGGAACGUGGGACCACUUACCGCUCGACAAUUUUCAUUAGCUGUAGAACGUUACGAAUGGAAUAAACUGCAGAAUUUCAAGAGCAUCGUUCCUAUGGUACACUUAAGCUGGAAUUUAGCACGUAAUAUUCGCGUAUCAGAUCCAAAGCUUUUUGAAUUAAUUAAAAUGUGUUUAUUGCAAACAUUAAAAAAUGUAAUGCAUACUCUUCAGUAUGUAAAAUCUAAAGGCGUUUUAGUUCGCUUUCAUGGACGAGGAAAAAAUGAAGCAUCGCAUUACUGUGGUCAAUGUGAAGUCGAGGUGUUCGAUGUACUUUUUGUAAGGGAACAGGAAAAGAGACACGUUGUCCAUUGCAUGUCAUGUGCUCGUAAACUGGCGCCUAAUUUACAGGGUAUUGUCUGUUUGGAAGAAUAUCGCUUAUCAGAACUUUGCCAAAUAUACGAUGGAUUCACACUUCACAAAACACACACACUGCCCCAAAGUUCAGCAUUAAAUCAAUGAUAUACAUUUUAUUUAGAUAAAUUCAUUUUGUUUUAAUAUCAAUUUUGUUCAUCAUUUAUACAUAUGACUUAAUUUCGUAUAGAUAUUAUUUAUUAUAGAUACGUUCAUUAACUUCUAAUAACAUUUAUACACAAACAAAAUUGUAUUAAAUAAUAUAAUAAAAUAUACGAAAUAUUUUUCUGUAUUGAUCUCAUGA